AUGGCGGACUUGGCGGAGACUGAGUCGGAUCUUCAGAAGCAGUCUGGCAGCCUAACGGAGAUCGAGUUGGCACAACCCGAGACGGAUCCUCAAGAGACCGCCAGCCUCAAGCAUAUCGCCGAAUGCUGCGAGCGACGUCUGUACAAGCUCUUGCAGGACGAGGAGGACCAGGAGGACAUUGUCAAGGCAAGACAUGGGCACUGGACGUCUCGCCAGUAUGCCGAGUUCAACCUGUGGUGCGCCAAAGUCGGCAUCCAAGGCGAGGGCCUUCGGUCAAUCGACGUUCGGCUUAAAGACGUGCCCGAUAUCUGUAAACUUCUCAGACGACUGCUUCAGUCGCUGGAGCGGGACCUUAAUGAGCUGGAACAACCAUCUGAGUCAUGUGAGCAAAUAAUUGGUACCGACGACGACUACAACGAUGAUGACGAUGAUAAUGAUGAUGCCGAGUCGGACGCUUCGCUGCUCUCUUUCGAGGCUCUAUCCUCUGCCGAGCACUCCCAGGCGGGUAGUGCUCCUGAUACUCCAGCACUGUCAUCGAGGAAACGGAGAAUGGCGCUACAAGCCUACAUCGAAGACACCAUCGACCGACUGCAUGGACAUGCACUUCGAAUUGGAGACGCCGGAGCUAAUCGCCGGCGUAGAUGA